GAAAAGAGUCAGAAUGGUGCGAUUCCGGAAGUGGAGCUGCGAAAACUCGCGGAUCAAAUGACCGGUGAGCAAAUGACUCAAUGCCAGUGGUACGAAUUUCAAUCUCACCUGCCCUACAAAGAGAAGGGUCUUGUUAACGUUAAGGAAUUCCUGCAUCACUUUGGAAAACCGGUUGACGCUGUUCCUAACGAGUACACGCAGAUCUUCACUCCCAUGCUGCAAGAACCCCUGCGAAACUUGGAUGCUUACGUAGGUGAUCCGCGGGAUCUGAACAUCCUUCUGCGACUGCUUGAGCGACUGAUCAACGUGAAGUUCUACGACAUCGACUCUGUAAGUUCGUCGUCGAAGUACGCGUCUGGCUUUAUACCAUAG